AUGAAGGUGAACAAUCGUGUGCAGGUCGAACAAUGUACUGCUGCGUAUCAUGGGAAACUCAUUGACAAGUUAUCUGAACUUCAUCACGGCGUCAGCGGUGAAGUUUAUGCUGUCGAUGCCAGAACACUAUUCAUCAAGGACUUUACAUAUGAUGGUGAAGGUCCAGCUGCCUUCUUUUACGCUGGAAACUCAAAAACUAUAAAUAAUAAUGGUUUCAAAGUUCGAGAUGAAUACGGAACUACGAAUUUACUCAAGCGUUAUAGAAAGAAGGAUAUUACUUUAACAUUACCAGAAGGCAAAACAUUAAGUAACAUCAAGUGGUUUUCUGUGUAUUGUGAUGAUUUUGCAGUUAAUUUUGGUGAUGUAAAAAUACCACGCAACUUCGAUUAUCCGAGGCCACAGAAAUUGGCAAGUUUAAGUGGUAUUCAUGGUGUUAGUUCUGAUCCAGUUGUCAUCGUUGAUGCGCAAACUCUUCUUAUACCAAACUUCAGUUAUGAUGGAGAGGCUCCAGAUGCUAAGUUCUGGGUUGGUUCGGGUUCAUUGCCCUCAUCACAAGGAAUUCGUGUACCAGACGAGAAUGGCAAGGAGGUGCCGCUACGGCGCUAUGAUCACAAAACUAUUGUUUUAACUCUGCCUGGUGAUAUAACUAUUUAUCAAAUUGGUCAUUUUGGUGUCUGGUGUGAAGCGUUUGCUGUCGAUUUUGGACACGUCGAAAUUUCACAGCAACAUCUAAACGUACCACCAUCUCUUAAAAUGCUUGGUAUAUCUCCACAGUCGAAAUUAAACUGCGAAGUCUUAGAUGAUGAUCUAGCAUUUGAAGUACGAUGGGCUGUAGCUGGAGAUAGUAUAGUCGUUCAACUUGUUGGGAAACUUGAAGCUAACCAGUACAUGUCAUUUGGUGUAUCUCCUGAUCCAAAAAGAAGUCUCAUGAUCAAUGGAGACGUUGUUGUCACCUGGGUGGAUAAACAGAGUCUGCAAGGUUAUGCAAUUGAUUAUUUCCUUGAUUCUAAAUCUCAAUGCUCUGGAGGACGUGGAAGUUGUCCCGAUCGUAAAAUUCAGGAAAAUACAAAUUCUGUGAGAUUACUAAAUGCGGCUAUGGUUAAUGGAUAUAGCAUUGUAACUUAUCAACGGCCCCUGAGAAUGAGCGAUGAAUUGGACCAAGAAAUUUUAACAAACGUUUCGCAAGCGAUAAUUUGGGCCGUUGGGCCACUGAAUGACAAGAAUGAGGUCAGUUUCCACAGCAACUAUUUGAAAGGCGAUCGUUUUAUCGAAUUCGGCAGACCACCCGCCUGGAAUUGUCCAAUGCCAGAACUCCAGGAUCAGCAGCAAAGCGAUAAACAGCUCGAGCAGCAACAACCUAUUGCCAAUACUCAUCAUCUCGAUCAAGAUAAUAAUGGGCAUAACAUAUUUUUAUAUUUAUUUUCUGGUUAUCAGCUUGCAGCAACGACAAGAAGACCAAUGCGAAUACCUGCGACUCCCCCAUCGGUGCCAAAGGAGGACGCUUGGGAAAUUCCUCCCAUUCAGUGUUUUGAACCGGAAGAUGGUGUUUUCUAUGCUCAGAUGGGACCAACUGGAGGAAAACAUGGUUAUCCCGCUAUCACCGGUCAUGUUGGUUGGGGAAUUUCGUGGUACAUAAAUGGUCUACUCAUUCCUGAAAUCCAUGUCGUGCGAGGCAAGAAAUAUACCUUUGUAGUUGAGGGUGGAGAGAAUGAUGCGACACCUGCUCGUUAUCAUCCAUUCUAUAUUACUGAUGAUCCUGUUGGAGGUUACCAACAUAUGACAUCCGAGGAACGAGCGAAUGUAACGAUAUUCGCUGGAGUUCGUCGUCAACGUGGUGUAGUCCGACCGACCGGUCUUGGUAGGUUGUGCAACUGGAUGCCCGAUCAGAAUCAGCCACCGGCUGAUGAAUAUGCUUCUUUCGGUGCUUAUCAACGAACUCUUACUUUGAUAUGUGACCAUGGGGAACCCGGUAUUGUUUCCUGGACUCCCGAUGUAAACACUCCUGAUACUGUUUACUAUCAGUGUUUUACUCAUCGUUAUCUUGGUUGGAAGAUCCACGUACACGAUACAUGCGACUUACAGCAAGAAUCAGCUAGUAACCAACACGAAACUUUUGUCGUCCCUCAUUCUAAUGAACAUUAUCAACUUAUGGAUCUCAACACUGAUGCCAGUUCAAGAGCAAAUCCCUCUAAGGUAACGCCCUCGCCAGAAUUCUUCCAGCAACAAAGGGAAUAUGUUUCUCAAGAUUAUAAUAAUCUGCGCAUCAAAGCUACUUAUCCACAGCCUCAUCAUUAUUAUCAUCCACAAUCAACGACUAAUAAUCCUGAUCAGUUAAUAAUAGGUCCUUAUCUUAGUGAUCAUCAGCUUUAUCACCAUUAUAGUCAUCAUAAUUAUAACCGUAAAAUCCCGCAACUAACUCUCGCAUCCUUGCAAAAGCAUAAUGUCAAAUAUGUCGAAGAUCAACGUCGAUCGCCUACUAAACAUGUACACGAUGAUGCCAUAAAUUACAUAAUCCAUCGCAAUAAUAAUAACCAUCAUCAAUUCCAUCAACCGCUUCAUAAUCAACAAGUAGUCAUGGCAUAUAAUACACAGGAAUCCAGUGAUACUUCUAAGCAUAAAUCCCAAAAUUCGAAAUAUAACUUCAACUCACAGUAUUCUAAAAUCGUUGCAGAUAAUGACCAAAUAUUGAGACGACCGUCAGCUGCUCUAAUGAAUCAGAUAGUGGAUAUGCCAUUGCAAGAGUCUUAUUCAAUACCUAUGUAUGAAUCCACGACUCCCUCACAAAAGAUAAUCUACACUACGGCACAAUUUGAAAAUAUGAAAAUUCAAACUCCUCGACCGUCACAAAUGAUGAUUAUGCAUGGAAAGUUAAAAAUACCAACUUCUACUUACUUUCACACAAUGGUUAAACGACCGCACUCACUGAUUUCUUCCAUAGCAUCAUACCAAAAUGAAGAAAACGGUGGAUCAGACUUUGCAAAAUCGCCUAUAAAAACACCCGUCUUCCACGAACGAAAGCAGAUCAUUCAUAAAACUCCACUGCUUUCAAGAACAUAUAAUCUAGGAAAAUAUCCACAUCACCAAUAUCAAUAUUACUAUCAACCAACAAAACUUAUGAAAGUAGACACAAGACAAUCGCAAAGUACCAGUAAAAUUACUCCCAGUAAUAUAUUAUCCGAGGAUAAGGUAAAUUUAUUGAGAUCAACAAUUAUAAAACCCAUACGAACUAUGGGAUUCGAUCCAAAAUCAAUUGUUAUUGAGAAAGGUUUUAAGCCAAUUUUAACAAGAAAUUCUAAUAAAAAAGGUAAUUUUGAUAAAAACUUGGAAUUGAUUCACGAUAAAGUGGUUAAAGAAAGUAUGAUUAGUAGUUACAAUAACAGUUUUGAACCAGUGUUUUUUCCAUCUCCACUUGAUAAAAAUAUAGUUAAACCAAAAAAAAAAAAGAUACAAUUAAUAAAAACGAAAUUAAAUAAAGUGAAUGAUAUGAAAAUGGAUGUUGCUGAUAAGGAUCAUCAAGACUACGCUUCCUUAUAUUUUCCAACUUUUGCAUCGUCAAUAAUCCCCACCAAAGCAAAUUUUAAUUCUUCUUUUCACUUGUAUCUAAAUCCAAAUAUUACUUUUCCAUUAAAAUAUGAAAAUCAGGAACCCAUAUUGAAAAUAAAUUCUUCAUCUUUGCAAAGCAGUUCUAAAACUUUUCUAAAUUCAAGAUUUAUAUUAACAGUACGAAAAAAAAGAUUUACCAAGAAUGAAACAAGACUAAGUAAACGUCCAGAUAUGAUAUAUCAACCAAAUCAUGCUGUCCAUGCACAAGACAAUCUCGAACACCGUCUUAAUCAUAAUGAUAGUUAUAAUAAUAAUGACCAUAAACAAACUACAAAUAAUUUAUAUUUAGCUAGUGCUGGAAAAAUAAUUUUGGCAAAUAUUCAAUAUGUUAUUUUAACAGUCAUUUUAUACUACAUACUUUGAAAAACAACAUAUUGAUUAUUACUCUUG